CCCUUCGCAACCGCCAACCGCUCCCAGGCAAGCAUGGAGCCGACAGCGAGAGCAGGAUUGAUCCGUGUCCUUCUCGCCCUGUCCUGCGCGAUGCUCGCCUUGGCCGGCAGCUCUUUUCCUGGCAGGAGGGGCCGUAGUGGCGGCCAACAACAGCAAAUGAAGAUGCCACCCGUAACAAGAACAUGGCACAUGACGUCUGUGUCCGACUGCAGCCUGGAGCGAUGCCAGCAGAUCUGCGAGGAGCACUAUGGAGCCACCAAGCUUGACGUGACGGGACGCUGCGAUGGUGACGGCUGCAACUGCGAGUAUCGAGAACCAUGCAGACAAAUGCCAUGCUACCAAAGCUGUCUGCGUACCAAGCGCGGAAAGCUGAACCUCAAGGCGAAUUGCAUCAGACACGAAUGCUUCUGCAAGUGGGAUAACUACUGUGAAGCGUCUACUUGCGAGGCGUUGUGCCUUAGGGAUCACAAAGGAAAGGAAGGAGUGAGGGGACUCUGUGUCGGCGAGGACUGCAGCUGCAGGUGGAACUGAAAAUAAGGAUGAAAAGUAAGACCCAGGGAAAGCUGCCGCAACGAACCUUACCUCGAUUGCUUGAAAAUUAGAAUGAUGCAUGGCAUUUUUCGCAUGAAUAUUGAUCUCGUCUAAAUGCCGACAUAUUAGAAAAACUGGAUGACGGUCGGUAAACUUGCUUUGUUAACGCAUCCAAAUUUAACAAUUAAUGGCGUUUGUUAUUUUCAUUUUGUCUACUCUUACGGUCAUUGAUGUUCUGAUAGGUGACUCAACUUCGGCAACAAUAUUGCUCUGUAUUGCUUCCGCAGAGUAAUCUUGUCGCAAAAAGUUGGUCAAACCUAAUAAAAAACAGUGAUAAUAAAAAUCAGGUUAAUGUUCUCUUUAGAAAAGGUGUUACGGCGCAAAAAACGGAUGAGUACACAAAAAAAGUGGGAUGCACAAGCAUGUCCAACUGAUGAUUUUUUUCAACAGGUAAGCCAAAUGCGAAGGACGAGAAAAGUGAAAGGCAGGGCAAAGGGUGUGUUGCUUUUUUCUUGUCUUUUAUAUGUGGCUUGCUUCUUAAAAUAAAGCUUCACUUGAGACUGAGCACCUGCUUGUGCUUUCCUAAGUAAUGUUCUCACCUCGUUUUUGCGCAGUUAUACAAUGAACUUGUUCCAAAUAUCUCAACUUGCCACUCUUUUCUCGAGAUUAGCAUUCUGUUUUUUUUUCUUCAGGAGAUUUUACUUUUGACAUUCACAUGGCUUUGCUUACUAACGAAGCAUUUCUAUUUACACUGGGUAUGCUACAAAUGAAGCAGCUACCGUCAUAGGCCUUCAGUCAUUCGAUUUCUUAGAAUAAUUGCCUCAUAAACAUAACUUCUUUACU